CGGCACAGACUGACGAUGGUGAUAAUUAGCGAGUCGGAGUGCGAGGGGUUCGAAGAUGUUCUGGGCAGUGGCGGCAUCUUUCGCAAGAUGUUGACCGUAGACAAGGACGGCAUCCAAGCAGAAUUCGGCGAGGAAGUGGGCGUCAAGUACUCGACGUGGGUACUUAAAUCCGGACAGAAGGUGGUAGUGGAUGAGGCCCGCAAGUUCCGCAUUGGAGAUGGUGAGGUGAUGCCGGCGCUGGAGCUGGUGGCCAAGAUGAUGCACGUAGGCGAAGUGUGUGAGGUGCGCUGUGACGCCCGCUUCGCUUAUGGAGAUGUGGGACUGGAGCCGCACGUGGCUCCAGGAGACGAGAUCAAGCUCGUUGUGGAGCUCUGCCGCGUGGGCAAGAAGAUCACGGCCGAAAUGAGCUCCCAGGAGCUGAUCGUGGAGGCCACACAGAAGAAGGAGAGCGGCAAUCGCUACUUUAAAGAGAAGAACUAUGAACAGGCCGCUAAACUAUACAAGCGUGCGCUUAAACUAUUGGAGACGUGGGAACACUCGGAGGAGGACGCAGCUCAAUGCAAGGAGCUGCUCAUUGCCCUGGGCAACAAUGUGGGCAAUGUGCAACAUAAGCUGAAACAGUUUAAAGAGGCACGACAGUCGAGUCUCGAGGUGCUGCAACUGGAUGGGAAGAACGUGAAGGCCAUGUAUCGUAUUGGCCAGAUCGCGCUGGACCAGAACGAGUUCGAGGAGGCCAAUAUGUUUCUGCGUAAGGCGCUGGAGAUCGAACCAAAGAACGCCAAAGUGCGGCAGCUGUUGGUGCAACUUAAGAAGAAGAAACGCGACCAGAAAGCCCUCGAGAGGAAGCUGUACGCGAAGCUCGGGGGGAGUGACGCCGCUGAGGCCGCACAGACGGGUAAUGUUGCUGCACUGCUGGCAAAGACUCGACAGAGCCCGGCGAUUGUCGCCGCUGUGGCGACUACUAUUAUCGCUAUCCUCAUGUAUUUGUACUUAGGAAAACCCAACUACGAGAUCAGCACCAACAAUGCGAGUAAUGACGCUGAUACCGACUAG